AUGGAUCCAACCAUGUGCAACGCAACAGCCUCCAGGCCCCGUAGUGAGCAGCCGCACGAUGGGAAACCUGGCCGUCUGCGUGCGGCGUGCACCAAUUGUCACGCUGCAAAGCUACGCUGUAGCGGUGAAAGGUCUGGCUGCACUCGCUGUCGGACGCUGAACCAGGAUUGUGUCUAUCUUGAGUCGCGAGUGGGAAAGACUCGAGGGAGAAGGAAGCAACAACUCAGUCCAGCUGCAGUCGAUCUCAACAACCGGCCCACGACCGCCACUUCGUCGCACGAGGAGGCGCCCAGACAGAUGGGCGAGUCUUCUGCAGUGCCAGGACUCUCUCCAGCCAGCAGCAGCGGCGAUGCAGACUUCCUCAACAAUGAUAUCUGGGAUGUGUCGCAGUCCAUCUCCGACUCGGUGAUGCUGGACGGGAUCACUGAUCCGUCUGGAGUCGAAUUUUUCCAACAAUUUUCGCAAAAGGAGGUCAUUGAGAAUCCCCUGGGAGGAAGUUGGGGCAAUAUACAAGAGGAAAGGACAGAUUCUGCACCUCAGCUAUUGGAUUCAGCAAUUGAGAUUCCCGAUGAAGAUACAACACCCACAAUGCGACCGUCGCCUUGGACUGCUGCCUCUGACGAGACGAGCAAGACGAGCAGACACAGUCUCAAGAACUUCCCGCCACGCUUCACACAGCAAAGAGGCCUGGCUACGCGAAUGGGCCCGUGUCCAGAGGCACUUGAGCAUGACCACAAGGGGGUCGUUGUUGUCGCCGCAGAGAUCCUCGAGAGCCUGGAAGGGAAGAUCUGUGCAGGCCUCUCUGCGAUAGACGAAGUAUUACGCAUCAACAAAGAGGCCACGCAGAAGAUAAACCAUUUACUUAAGCGUAGCGACUACACUCGGAGCAUGGGAAGCCUGAUGGUUGUGGUCGCUGCAGCCCAUUAUGUUGUAUGUCUUUUCGAAACAGCAUGUGACAACCUCUUCUCGUCUCCAUGCCCUGGAAGGUGGUCUCUACCGCCUACUACUGACUCAUCACACUCUCACAACCGGUUCAGAGGACAUCGAGGGUCAGUCGGCAGCGGUAUGAGUACCCCAAUCUCUCUCAACCCGCCUGGUAUCGGCUUCGGGACUUUUCUGCUAGACCCUCAGGAUCAGGCUGCCAUGGUGGCUCGUAUCAUCUACACCGAACUGCACCGAACACUGAGAAUGGUACAAUCACUCUCAGCACCAAUGCAGGCCGGCUGCUUUGCGCCAGACCUCGCGCCUGUCGCUGUCGAUGGUUGGUUACAAGACCUGAAGCAACGAUUGAGGACCCUUAUCUCGAGUAUGGAAAGCAGUGAGCGGAACUGGGAUGGAUAA